CUCUCGUGGGGAAAGAGAGAAAGAGAGAGAGAGAGAGAGAGAGAGGGAGACGUGUGAUUUCUCUUUGUACUGAAUGAAGAGUUGAGGCCGGCUCUGCUUCUCCCACCGCCUUCUCUUUUAUAUAAGCAGAGUUUGCAUGCUGUAAAUAGCGCAAUAAGCCGGUUACAUUUUACGUUUCACCGUAUCCGUCGUUCCCUUUUGUAUUGUGGAAGCGGCCGGCCACUGCCAAUGUCCCUUUGAGCGUUUUUGGACAACAAAAGCAUCAGGUUCAGCGUUGUUUCUUCGGGGGGAUUUCAAGUCUCACAUUUGUCAACCGAGAUUUUUCAGUGCGGUAAAGCGAACAGCCGCACGUCCACAGACCGCUUUUCGCCUCUCUCCCGUCGCUCCUUUCACACUUCCACACCUCCGGGUUUUUUUACCCUCUAAAACCGAGCGACCAUGGCUGCUGUAACAAGCCCGGAGACGAGCCCUCAACCCCGGGUAUAUUUCCAGACGCCGGCCGGCACCACGGAGGAACCGGAGACACCCGUUCGGAAGCAGGGACGCGUAACCGUCAAAUACGACCGUAAAGAGCUGAGGAAGAGACUGAACCUGGAGGAGUGGAUUAUCGACCAGCUAACGGACCUCUACGACUGUGAGGAGGAGGCCAUCCCAGAACUUGAGAUAGAUGUGGAUGAGCUGCUGGAUAUGCCCAGUGACAUUGAACGGGCAGCCAGGGUCAAGGACUUACUGGUUGACUGUUUUAAACCUACUGAGGACUUCAUCUCAGAGCUGCUCGACAAGAUCCGAGGGAUGCAGAAGCUCUCCACGCCUCAGAAGAAAUGAUGGCGUCCCUCCUCCUCCUCCUCCCCAACACCCUCCCUUCUCCACCUUAGCCCUCACCUCUCGUCUUCCUGUCGCUCCCCAUUCUUUUUUCUUCUUUUGAAUACGUUAACUGAACCUUGGUUCCUCUUGUUAGGCCCCCUUCUUUUUUUCAUUUCAUCUCUUCCUCUUCUCCUGUUGCCUGGAUCCAGUCCUAUAAAUUGCUUUUAUUUUCAUUUUUUGACCUUCCCCUCUUGUUUGUGGACCUCCCCAUUAAAAGCAAUGACAAAAGGUAAAAAAAAUCGUAAUUACCAGACGACAACAAGCAAUUCAUUGGUCUUAAUCCAGGCACUCUCCUUCCCUCUUUUUUUCCCCCCCACUUCGGCCUCUCCUUCACCCUUUAUUUGGCUUUACUCCUCUCCCUCAUCCAGCUCUUCUUCCUCCCACCCCCCCUGAACCAUUCUCCAUCUGUCUGAGGAGGAAGAGGAGGGGAGCUCAGAUGAGAUGAGAUGAAUCCAGUAAUUACUGGGAGAGAAGCAGCCGAGAGUGGGAAGAGGAACAAGAGACAGAGUCGGCAUCGGCCAAGAAAAGAGGGGAAGGGUGAACGAUGAAGGAGGAGGGUUGGAAGAAGGAAGCAGCCAAUCAUUGCUUAUGUCUCUACCAACGAGAUUCCUUAUUUUGUUAUUUGUAAGGGGUUUAAAAUUGUAUAUGUUCAAGCUACCAACCAUUAUUCCUAUGCUGUUUUCUGCUUCGGUUUGAGGGCAUGGGGAUAUUCACUUGACUUUAGUUUUUUAAUUAAUUAACUUUUUGGGGUCAGUACACAUAAUUUCCCCCCUUAAUCAGAGGCAUUUGCUACAGUGGUGCAUUUAAAGACUGUCUGUCUUUUUGCGUGUCUGUUGAAAAAUCUGCACUAUGUCAUUUUGGGAGGAAAAUCUGAACCUCUGACCACAAAGAAUAUUGUAUGGUUUAUCUUUAGUACAGCAAAGAGGCAAAUGUGAUCCUUGGAAUAGCAGUUGAACCUAAAAGAAAGUCACUGGUUGGCUGCAGUGGUCGUACGGCCCGACCAAUUUUAGACUAAAAAUCUUCCUUUGAGGGUAGAGUAGAAGUAGGUUCUUUUAGGUUGGGUGUGCUUGACUAGAAUUCAAAUUCUUGCAGAAAAGAAGUAUGUUUUUCUUUCCUUGAAUGCGUAGUGCAGUCCUAAGAGAGGCUAUUUAGAAGCCACUGCUGUCCAGCCUGCACAUACAUAUGUACGUCUGUGUGUUGCUAAAUGCUAUGUGUGUAUGUUGCUACAUAAUGUACAGCAACAUUCAUAAUAGGAGUGUUUUUCGGGCCUGUAUAUUCUGCUGUUCUGUAAGACAAAUUAGAUUUUUAGUAUAGGACUGGUUCCUGUUUUGUUUUGUUUUCUCGAUGCAUUUUGUUACACACACACUGACAGUCCGACAGGGGGACCCGGAACAAAGCUGCCUUGUUUUUUUGUUUUUUGUUUUGCCCCCCUCUCUCUGUCUCUUUUUCACUGUCUCUCCCUUUUUCCUAAGACAUUAUGUAGUCCACCACCUUGUUUUAUGUUUGGCAGACAUCAGUUCGGAGCGGUCACAUGUACAUGGAAACUCUGAAAAUGUUUUUUGAGCUCUGUGUUUAUACCGACCUCUGCCUGUCACAUCAGUAGAGCCACCAAUGAGAUGUCUGAAUAGGAGGGAUGGAGGCCACCGUUUCAAAUCAAAGCUGUCUAAAUGCAUUCACUCCUCUUUUUUUCUUUUUUCUUUCUCUCACUCUCUCACACACACAAACAGGCCACCCUCGAGGCGGAGGAAACACAUUAGCAAACACAGCUGCCUCUUACACAGAUGUGUACACUCACACACACACACACACACAAAGUGCAAAGAGAAAAAGGGAGAGAGAGACUGGGCCUUAGCUGUCACAAGGUCUGUGUUUCCUACUGCAGCUGCCAAUCAUCUCCAAGAAUAAGCCAUCUGUUUCUGAUCCUGAGCCAAUCAGAUCAGAGACUGAAGCCCAUCGGCCAAUAGGAGAAGCAGUAACAUUUGCUGUGAUUCCUGUGACCAAUUGCUAACACCUGCGGCGACAGCAGACCUCCACUGUCUGUCUCUCCCUCUCUCUGAGCACCAACACACACACAAACACGCGCACACACUCUGGCCCAUUUUCAUCUUGCUGCUCUGUCAUUUCUCCCUGGCAUCUCCUCUCUCCUCCUCUUCCCAUCCAUUUUCAUCCUUCUGUCCACCCUCCCUUUCUAUCCUUUCUUCAGUUUCCUUUUUUUUUUAAACAGAUGUUGCCUUAGGUAUUAUUUAUGUUACACAAACCAAAUAAACGGGAGACAUUCAUUUUUAAAACAGUAACACAAACUGCUAAAAACAUGUGUUACUGAGCAGAACUGCGGCAUGUGGAGAAUCUCUGAUCUUCUGUCGCUACUUUUCUCUUUUUUUUUUUUGAAAAACAAAAGGAGAUUCUGUUGUUUUGAUUGUUUUGGGGGUUUUUUUAGAAGUGAGUGUUUAAUACUUAGGCCUUGAUACAGUGAUUUUGUUUAGAUAAAACAAUGUUCUUUACAUUUACAUUGAAUACUGGUCUGUUUUUAUUGUGAUCAUGACACUUCUUGAUGCCAGGCCUUGGAUUAACAUAUAGUUGGACAAAAAUCCAUCCAGAUACACUUUGGUGUGACUGCUUUUGCUUUCCUGGUGGCAUUCCUAAAUCCAAUGCUGUCUGCAGCUUUUUGGAGAUAUUUUGAUUAGUGGGACUGUACCAUGCAAGCUCAAUCAGUCGCUGAAUUUGAAUGGAUUUUCAUUUCUAAAUCCAGGUUUGGAUUAUACCUUCUUAGACUGUUAUUGAGAAGUCUGUUUUUUUACUGUUGGGGAAAAUUGCAAAAAAUAUAUAUACUGAUUAUUAUCAUUGAGGCUAAAUACAAGAGCUAAACCAUGUGGAUUGAAGGAGUGGUGGUGUUUUUUUUGGACAAUGAUUAGAUCAAACCAACAAACAAAUGUAGCAAUAUCAACAACAGGUCUUGUUUUUGCCCAAUUUUGUUACACUUUUAUGCAACUUUAAUAAAAACAUGUAAAAUGGAAA